AUGAUGAUCUUCUUACAAUAUUUAUCGACAAAUAAUUUAGUCUUCUUCGCGAAGAGAAUCUACGCUCAACGAGUCCAGGAUUAUAGCUCUAAGAAGUGGAUAAGAAUCUUCGAGUCUAACGAAUCAAUAAUUAAAAGAGGUAAAGGUGCUCGCCGGGAGUAUACCUUUAACCGACCCUCGACUCAAAUCGCACUCCAAGAUAUCGACGCAGUUGAUUGUCAUAAGGGUAAAUCGCAAAUAUUUUGGGCUGCUUUAUCAGGAAGUAGUCGACGGACAGGCCUCUCCCCCUUUUUAGAGACCCGGAUUCACCUCAUAGAGGGCUUACUCAAUGGGUAA